CAGAGAACGAGUCACCGAUACUCCGCCCAUGAAAAUGACAAUGUGAUUCCAUUGGUUGUACGUGGUGACGUGUGACGUACGUUUUGUUUGCGGAGCGCGCCAAACAGGGCCAUCAACAGUAGUAAUCGCAGUGGCUUAAACUCUGGAACCCUUUUGCUCCGCUUGGCGUAAUAUUCAUGCUUGGUAGGAUACAUGGCUUCUACAAGUAAAGCGCCGCUACAGACCAGAAAUUUACCAUGGGUUGAAAAAUACAGACCACAGAGACUUGAUGAUCUGAUUUCACACAAAGAUAUUCUGAGCACUAUCCAAAGGUUUAUCAGUGAGGACAAGCUUCCACACCUUUUGUUCUAUGGCCCACCUGGAACAGGAAAAACCUCAACCAUACUCGCUUCUGCCAGGCAGCUGUACAAAGAGAAGGAGUUCAACUCUAUGGUGUUGGAGCUCAAUGCAUCUGAUGACAGAGGUAUUGAUGUAGUACGAGGUCCCAUUCUGAGUUUUGCCAGCACCAGGACCAUCUUCAAGAAGGGCUUCAAGUUGGUGAUACUGGACGAGGCCGAUGCCAUGACCCAGGAUGCCCAGAAUGCAUUGCGUCGAGUCAUUGAGAAGUUCACAGAAAACACUCGAUUCUGUCUCAUUUGCAACUACCUUUCCAAGAUCAUCCCCGCCCUGCAAUCUCGCUGCACCAGGUUCCGCUUUGGUCCGCUUUCGCCAGACCAGAUGAUCCCUCGGUUGGAGCACGUUAUCCAGCAGGAGAAUAUUGACAUCACGCCAGAUGGAAUGAAGGCUAUCGUGACCUUAUCAACAGGUGACAUGAGAAGAUCGCUCAACAUACUGCAGAGCACCAGUAUGGCCUAUGGGAAGGUCACAGAAGACACAGUGUACACCUGCACAGGGCACCCCCUCCGCUCAGAUAUAGCCAACAUCCUCGACUGGUGCCUCAACAAAGACUUUACUUCAGCGUACAACCAAAUCCUUGAGCUGAAGACUCUGAAAGGUUUGGCUUUGCAUGAUAUUCUCACUGAGGUUCAUCUGCUUGUACACAGAGUGGAUUUUCCUCCCGCUAUUCGGAUUAGUCUGCUCAUCAAGUUGGCCGACGUAGAACAUCGGCUUGCAUCGGGAACCAGCGAGAAGAUCCAGCUGAGCUCCAUGGUUGCAGCUUUCCAGGCAGUGAGAGAGCUCGUGGUCAGCGAAGCACCUUAGAUACAGUAAUGCAACGAUGGUCUUUUUCCACAGUGGGGGGGGGGGGCAGUGUAAAAGAUGUCUGGAACAAUGCUAGCAGCUAUCUGACUCACUCACAUCUGCAUACAGAACCAAGAUGGAAGUCGAUCAGCACAGUGGAAAAACGAAACAAAAGAUCCUUUUGGCACUUUUGAUUUAAAAGGUGGACUUGAAAAAUCCUAUUUUCAGUUUAGUAUCACUGCAACCAGGUAAUCAGUUCAUUGUCCAAAAAAAAGUCAUUGAACAUGUGUAUGUUUUAAUCAGUUUAAUAAAACCCUUUCUUAUAAGUCCA